CCAAUUUCAAUUAAAUGUUCUUCUCUGCAUAAAUGGCAACCAUUUCAACCCCAUCGGAAAAUCCUUCACAUCCAUUUCCCCCAAUUCUUCCCCUCUUAAAAGCGCCUCUCUCUCUCUCUUUGUCUCUCAAUUCAUCCUCUCGAUUUAUCUCUUUGUAGAUGACUUCCCUUGGUUCUUAUCCGAUCAAUUUCGGUUCGGGUAGGGUUCCGAUCUCGAGCGACGGCGAUGAAUCGAAGAAAAAUCGCCCGAUUUGGAGGAGAAGGAUGAGUCAAGCGGUGGCGGAAUGGUUGAAGCGGCGAUCCUUCGCGGCGAGGAUUGGUAUUUUGGUGGCCGUUGCGAUGUUUGCGUUGGUGAUUUUGAAGCAUACUGUUCACAAUCAUAAUUACUUCUUUAUGGCCGGAGAAUCAAUUCACGCCGUCGGGCUUCUCGUCCUCGCUUACAAGCUCACCACUCAUAAAACCUGCUCCGGUCUAUCUUCAAAAAGUCAAGAACUCACAGCAUUGUUCCUUGUUGUAAGAUUGGUGUGUGGGACAAUAAUGGAAGUUGAUAUUUACACACUUUUGGACCUCAUUACUUUCCUCUCCACUGCUUGGGUUAUCUACAUGAUUCGCUUCAAGUUGAAAAACACCUAUUCCAAAUCCCUUGACAACUUCCAUUUGUAUUAUGUCGUGGUGCCUUCUAUGGUUCUUUCAUUCUUCAUUUUUCCUUACACACACCAUAAUUACGUGGUUCGUGUGUUGUGGGCGUUUGGUGUUUACUUAGAAUCUUUUUCAGUGUUGCCUCAGCUUAGGCUUAUGCAAAAUGCUAAGAUGAUUGAGCCUUUCACAGCCCAUUAUGUGUUUGCUUUGGGGAUUUCUAGAUUCUUGGCUUUUGCUCAUUGGAUUAUUCAGGUAUAUGAAACUCGUGGAGAAUAUUUGUUAUUGGUUGGGAAUGGUUAUUUUUGGUUCAUGGCGGCUUUCAUUGCGGAAAUGAUUCAAUCCUUUAUCUUAACCGACUUCUGUUAUUACUAUAUAAAAAGUAUUGUGCAAGGCAAAUUGAGGAUGCCUGUUUAAAGUCUUUUUUCUCUCAAAGUAAAUUGAAAAUUGAACAUUAUUCUAGAGGUUUCAAAUUUGGCAUAUACUUGUAAACCUUUUGUUGGCUACACUUAAUUGCUAACUCGUGGAAAUUUAAUCA